UUUAAUCUUGUUUUGUUAUUAUUAAAAUUGAAAUUAAUCAAACUUUGAUAUUGUAUUAGUCAUAUGAUUUGUAGCUUUAGUGACAUUUUUUUAUACUUUUUCAUAUUUUUAUACCCUAAUCAAAUUUUUCAUUCAUCUUAGUUACAUUUUCAUACAUGAAUUAUUUGACAUACCUUGAUCGAUAUAUUAUAGCUUCAAUUAUAUUUUUUAUACCAUCCUUGGUUUUUUUUUUUUACCAUUAUCAUAUUUUUAUACCCUUGUCACAUCAUUAGUACCAUGAUUACGUUUUUCAUACCUGAAUUACAUUUUUGGAACCCGUUAACACCGUCCACUACUCUUAAUACCAAGCAUAGGCACGUGUAUUGGCACCUUGCCCUCUUGUGGCCCGCAGGCAUGAAAGCAAGCAUGCCUUCUCCCCACUAUGAGAGAUUUGGUGGGGGUAGAGAACAUCAGUUAGCUUCAAAAGCAUAAUAUCUCCUACCACAACAUAUGGCGUAGGCAUGGCAUAGCAUCAUGACACAUAGCAUGGCAUGUAGCACAACACGCGACAUGGCAGAUGGGGCCUUGUGUGUGGCUGGCUCGACUAAAAAAUGUUUGGGAAUUUCUGAUGGUUUUGGAUUUUCCCUUUUGAAGAGACACUCUAAAUGCGGAAAAUAUUUUUCUAGACUUAGUGACGAAUUUCGGGAAAUUAUGGGGCCUUCCAAGGAUAUGUGAUGUUUCAUCCUAUAUGAAUGGAAAUGACUUGGAAACACACCGGAGGGACACGCUUAAGGUAAGGGCAAGGCUUGGACGAGCUAACACGAGGGCACAAAGCCUUUUUUUUUUUCUUUUUUCCUUUUUUUUUUCUUUUUUUUUUUUUUCUUUUUUCUCUUUUAUUGGAUUUUUGGAAAGAGCAUUUGUUGGUCUGAUCUCCAGAAAACCUUGGAUUCAUUUUUCAAAGGUUUUUACAUCCUAGUGAAACAAAAUUAGUGUUUUCUUUGGACAAUUUAGUUCCUGGCUCCCAAAAUGCUUGUAAUGGCCACUGUAAGAAUGCACCAUGUGCUGCUCAUAGAAGAUGGAGUGUCCACUCAAACCACCCACCAAGUAUUCCAACUCCAAGUCAACAGCAUGGUGCAUUGAGACCACUGAGAGCUAAUGUAUGAAGAGGCAUUUGCCACCACUUGAAAACAUCCAAAACUAGAGCUAUCCCUCAGGUUCAGACAUGGACAAGUUUCAGAGCCAUGGAGUCAUUGUCCGCCUGCUACAUCUUCUUCUCCCCCUCCAACUCUUAUCCCUUCAAUCUCUUUCUUUAUCUUACACUCCUCCAAGUAAGUACUUCAUCAACUGUGGGUCACAGAACAAUACCAACCAUACUGGCAGGACCUUCGUUGGGGACGUGAGUUCUGACUCCUCUUUCACCUUAUCUCCGAAGCGGGACGACCCUGUUGUAGACAGCAGCCCUUCUCCGACUACAUCUCAACUCUAUCAAACAGCUAGGAUUUUCAAAGGGUCGUCUUCAUAUGUGUUUCACAUCGACCAAAAUGGCACUUAUUUGGUACGCCUCCAUUUCUUCCCCUUUUCUUCCCCAACUGAUCUCUCGACUGCUCUUUUCGAUGUUUCGGUUUCUGGGCUACCCGGGUUGCUUCAGAAUUUCUCUGUGCAAAACACCAGCAACCUUCCUCUGAUAAAGGAAUUCUUACUCACAAUUAAUAUCAGCAAAUUCACUGUGAAAUUUGAACCUUCUCAAGAGUCGUCCUUCGCAUUUGUAAAUGCAAUAGAAGUCUUCAUUGCUCCUGAUAGCUUUAUCCCUGAUUCUGCUCUACUAGUUACCCGAAAAGGAAGUAAAAGUAGUAGUUACAAGGGUCUGUUAUCUCGGGUUCUCCAAAAAAUUCACAGGGUCAAUGUUGGGGGAAGUGAAAUUGAACCCGGUUCAGAUACUCUAUGGAGAAACUGGGUUCCAGAUGACACUUUUCUUUUCAAUAGGAGCACUGCAAGAAAUAAAUCUUAUGAUCAGCCGAUUGAGUACCAGGAAGGCCAGAGUGAAUAUAAUAACAGCGAUAGAUAUAUUGCCCCGGAGAAUGUUUAUUUGACUGCCAAAGAAAUGAAUACAAAUGAGGGAGACCAGUUGCAAUCCUUCAACAUCAGUUGGGGUUUUAAUGUGACUAAGAAUGCUACACACCUUCUUCGGGUUCACUUCUGCGACAUCACUAGUGCCUCGCUAUCACUAAGUCCAUGGAUCAAUCUCUAUAUCAAUAGCAUCUUCAGUCGGAACAUAAAGAUUAUCACCUUGGCAGCCCCUUUUUACCUUGAUUUUGUAGUUGUUUCAGAUAAUUCCGGACUUCUUAAUAUCAGUAUAGGGCCUCAUAGGGAUUCUCCAGUAAACAAUUCCUUUCUCAAUGGCCUGGAGAUUAUGGAAAUCAUGCAGGAAUUGGGUUGGGUUUCAAUCGAAAAUGAAUCUAAGAAGAAAUAUAUUCCUCUCCUAGUUGGUUCAGUUGUUGGAGGUUUGGCUCUUGUCUGCCUUGUGGUAGUUGUGCUCUUGUUGCAAUCAAAAUGCAGGAAGGGAAAGCCUACUCAAGCUACGGAUUGGUUGCCAAUUACUGUUGAUAGGGGACUGAGUUCCCACGGCAGGCUACAUGAGGCAACCAAUCAUAGCUCCCCUGUUCCAUAUUUAAAUCUGGGAUUAAAGAUACCUUUUGCGGAAGUUCGGUCAGCAACAAAAAACUUCAGCAGCAAGCUGCUGGUAGGCAAGGGUGGAUUUGGCAAAGUCUACCAAGGAACUCUCAGGAAUGGCAUGAAAGUGGCAGUGAAGAGAAGUCAGCCAGGACAUGGCCAAGGCCUGCCUGAAUUCCAGACUGAGAUAUUGGUGUUAUCCAAAAUUCACCAUCGCCAUCUGGUUUCCCUGGUUGGGUAUUGUGACGAAAGGAAUGAAAUGAUUCUGGUUUAUGAAUUUAUGCAGAAGGGCACUCUGAGAAGUCAUCUUUAUGAUUCAGAUUUGCCUUGUUUGUCUUGGAAGCAAAGGCUGGAAAUUUGCAUUGGUGCAGCAAGGGGACUUCACUACCUCCACACAGGUUCAGAAGGGGGAAUCAUUCACCGUGAUAUUAAGUCCACAAACAUCUUGCUUGACGACAACUUUGUUGCUAAAGUUGCUGAUUUUGGAUUAUCAAGAUCAGGUCUUCCUCAUCAAACCCAUGUCAGCACAGCUGUAAAAGGCACCUUUGGAUAUCUUGAUCCAGAGUACUUCAGGACCCAACAGUUGACAGACAAAUCGGAUGUUUACUCUUUUGGUGUGGUUCUUCUGGAAGUGCUAUGUGCCAGACCAGUUAUCAAUCCCUCACUUCCAACGGAGCAAGUAAAUCUAGCUGAAUGGGUGAUGGUUUGGCAGAAGAGAGGAUUACUUGAACAGGUUAUUGAUCCUUUGCUCGUGGGUAAAGUCAAUCUCAACUCACUAAGAAAAUUUGGUGAAACGGCAGAGAAAUGCUUGCAGGAAGAAGGAGCUGAUAGGCCUACUAUGGGUGAUGUGGUGUGGGACUUGGAGUAUGCUUUUCAGCUUCAACAAACUGCAAUGCAGAGGGAGCCAUUAGAGGACAGCACAAACGAUGCUGCUUCCACAUUUCCAUUGCCUACCAUUCAGCGUUAUCCUUCAUAUAGCUUAUCAAUUUCAAACAUCCAUGGGCCCGAAAGGAGGGACAGCAGUUCAGAGACAACAGAAAGCGAAGUUUUCUCCCAGUUGAGGAUUGCCCAUGGCAGAUAACUUCAGUGUCCUUGAGGCAAGGUUAUGAGCUCACAUUUGUUCAGCUUCCACACACUGUUUUAGGUGUAGAAUCAGGGAUAAAGUUUGUCAAUUGCUUAAGAUGUGUUGUUUCUAAUGGGCUCAAAGGACUAGUAUAUUAGCCUUGAUAAGUUGGCAGAUUGGCUUGUGUGUCAAACAAAUUUCAGUUUAUAAGAAAUUGGACUAAUAAAUCUCUACCCCAUUAGAAACUCUA